UGCAGCUCAGCCGGCCAGGAGUUUUCCCCUCUCUGUGUCCCUGGAUGUCUUUCUGGCCGCUUCUCUUUGUUUUGACCACUUUCUCUUGCUUUAUCGUCUCUUUAGCAUUUGUUUGUCUCAUUAGUUGUGUAUUUGUCUUCUUCUGCUUGUGAGUUUGUUUAAUUUAUAUUGCAGAUUACCCAGCUCUGCUCAUAUACUCUUGUCAUUUUCUGGGACAAUAGCUUUGUGUCUUAGUGUGUCCCUGAAUUUGUGGGUGUUCUUAUUAUGUCGCUACCCCCUUCUCUAAUUUAAGCACCAUGUACGAUACAGAUUCCUUCUGUCUGCUGUUAUCUUAUUUUCUUCUUGACAUAACUAAGAUUGUGGAGCUAACACUUUAAAAAAAGGAAAAAAUAAAGCCUGCAAUGGAAGGUGGUGUGUGUGGCCCCUUAGGGCCCAGCUGGCACUGGGAGAAGAUUGUUGGGGUGGAUUGCAGUUCUCCUGAGCCAUGCUGCAUUUGGCUGGCAAGCUCCCGGGGAGAAAAAAAAGAAGUAUCAACCCACCCGACGCAGAUCUUUAGCUCCUACAGGGGCAACAAGCAUGGGACCCCUGUGGCCCAGAGGGAUGGGGCCUGUCCAAUUAAUUCUCCCCCUCUGGAUGAGUCUUUAUCAUGGAUUGGUCCCAGGACACUGGUCAUCAGGAAGACCCGGCAAGGGUUCGGGUUCACUCUCCGUCACUUUAUAGUUUACCCACCGGAGUCUGCUGUGCUCUCUACACACCAGGAGGAGAAUGGUGGUGCAGGCUUUCCAUCCCCAAGCAGCCGCCUGGAGCCUAUGGACACCAUCUUUGUUAAACAUGUGAAGGAAGGUGGACCAGCUCAGGAAGCUGGACUGUGCACUGGGGACCGACUGGUGAAGGUGAACGGAGAGAGCAUCAUAGGAAAAACGUACUCCCAAGUGAUAGCCCUUAUACAGAAUAGCGAGGAUGCCUUGGAGCUGUCAAUCAUGCCCAGGGAUGAAGAUAUAUUACAACUGGCAUACUCUCAUGAUGCAUAUUUGAAGGGAAAUGAGCCAUAUCGUGGAGGAGCACACAGCAUCCCUGAGCCGCCACCUGUUUUCUACCCAGGCAGAGGUCACCAAGCAGAAUCGGUACCUGAAUACCCCACAGGCUCCAUGUACCAUCGUCUUGGUUCCGAAGAUGCCCUCUCAAUGAGAAGCCCGCCUAAAGGAGAGGUUCCAAGAAGCAGAUAUGCCCGCCAUGACAAUUACAGUCGACCUGGUCCCACCCCUCUCCCUCCUCCCAGACCUUUCCUGGGAGGACCAGCUUCUUCAGACAGAUUCCGUGGUCCAGGACCUCCAAACAUUCCAAGUCAUGGCUGGGCAUCUCGGCCACUUCCUGACCCACCUUGUAGAGCUUCUCCAGACCCUUGGGAACGACUCGGCAGUCCCCGCUGGGUGAGUCCUUGGGAGAGGCACCAAGCUCUGUGCAGUUGGAUGUCACAGCAGACCCCUCGCAGAGAGAGAUCUGAUAUACCCCCCAGAAGACGCAGUGCCUCUCAGGAUAGGUUGGGAGAAGCUAUUCCUUCUAGGAACUGGCCUCAUAGCGCUUCCCAGGACACCCUUCACCAUCCCCCUGUUAAUGAGUCCUGGGGUCAUCGAGCUCAGUCAGACAAUUUCCUUGCUCGAUAUGACAGGUCGAUUGAGAAGUUGGAUAUAAGUGGACUUAUCUCACCUCCUUAUGAACGCUCUAUUUGGUCCCCAGAAAGGACCUCUCGAACUGCUCUAGCAUUUUCCCGUGGGCCACCGAGCCAACCUGUAACACCAGGCCUGCGGGAAGCUACAAAAACCCAACCACAAACCUCUAAUGUUUCAGACUCAGGAUACAUUGGGUACCGUAGUUACAGCCCUUCUUUUCAGCGUCGGACUGAACACCUUCAUGCCUUCUCCUUCAGGGAAACCGCUUUCAGUGGCCUUCCCACUUUUAGGACAGCACAGUAUCCUGGCUCACCUCCAUCUCCUCCAGAGAGGCGGCAGCCAGCUGCAAGUGUCAGCUCCACAGAUGAGAGCUGCAUAACGGAGGAGAGGCGGGAGGAGGUGAUUCUGAGACAAAAGCCUCCCACAGGUCGUAGGGCUGCCCCACCAUCAAGGCAAGCCAAUCUAGUCUUCCAGGAGGAGGGGCAGGAUUCCCAGCCCCUACCUCCCCCUUCAACCAAUGAGGAUGCACCCAGGGAGCGACCAUUGCAGAGGGUACCACCAUUACCCCCUGCUGAAGAACCCCUGGCAUCAAUCCCCUUUAUAGAUGAGCCAACGAGUCCUAGUAUUGACCUACGAGCCAAACAUGUCCCUGCCUCCUGUGUUGUGUCAAGUGCCAUAAAUUCUGCACCUGUUAUCUCUGCAAGUCCCUCUUCUCCAACAUUCAGUUUUUCCAUCAGCCGCCAUUACUCUCAAGACUGCAGUAGUAUUAAGUCAAGUAGGCGUUCAUCUUACCUCCUUGCUAUCAGCACAGAACGCUCCAAAUCUUGUGAUGAUGGACUCAACACUUUUCGUGAUGAUGCUCGACUGCCAAGGAGGGGAGUGGGUCGGGUGCCAAGUCUGAGAAUGCUGCGCAGUUUCUUUACUGAUGGGUCCUUGGAUAGUUUGGCAGCUUCCGAGGAUGGUCAUUCCAAGCGUCACUCAGCCUCUGAGUUGUCUGAUUUGGGGUUCAGUGAUGUGCGCCGAGAGGGAUGGCUACUCUAUAAGCAGAUCCUCACCAGCAAGGGCAAGAAAGUUGGCACUGGGCUCCGUCAGUGGAAGCGAGUUUUCUCCGUGCUACGCUCACGCUUACUCUAUCUGCACAAAGAACGCCCGGAGUUGCAUGGUCCCGGGCCAGGUGAGGAGGAGCAGCCAAUCAGCAUCCUCGGAAGCCUGGUGGACAUCUCUUACAGUGAAACCAAGAAGAAACAUGUCUUCCGGCUGAUGACCCCUGACUUCUGUGAAUAUCUCUUUCAGGCUGAGGAUCGUGAUGAUAUGCUGGGCUGGGUCAAAGUUAUCCGAGAGGACAGCCGGAUUGAGGGAGAGGACCCUGACUUUGCCAGCCAAGCUUUAAUUAGCAAGAAACUUAAUGAGUAUCGCAAAGUAAGCUUAUCUACGGCCAAACCUGAUACUUCCCCAAAAGGAUCGCGCAGCACAGGUUUCAGAUCUGAUAUCUUGUGGGGGGCAGGACUGAGCGUUCCUCGAUCUCCAAAGCAAGACAGCUCUGGCAAAGAGGAUGGGCUGUCUUCUAAAGCUCCUUGGAGUAACCUCAUGAAGAAGAACAAAAAAAGUCCUCCACGUGCAUUCGGUGUGAGGUUGGAGGACUGUCAGCCUGCAACAGAGAACAAGAAAGUACCUCUGAUUGUAGAGUUGUGCUGCACGUUGGUAGAACAGAAGGGUCUGGAGUACAUGGGAAUUUACCGUGUUCCAGGAAACAAUGCGGUUGUAUGCAGUCUGCAGGAACAACUCAACAAGGGCUUGAAUGACCCUAAUGUGCAAGACCAGCGAUGGCAGGACCUUAACGUUGUCAGCAGCCUCCUUAAAUCCUUUUUCCGGAAACUUCCAGAGCCUCUUUUUACAGACAAUAAGUACCGUGAUUUCAUCGAGGCAAAUCGCUUGGAAGACUCGAGAGAGAGGAUGAAAACGCUUCGAAAGCUGAUUCGAGACCUCCCUCCAUACUAUUAUGAGACGCUCAAAUUCCUGGUUCAACACUUGAAGACCAUUGCUGACCACUCGGAAAUAAACAAGAUGGAGCCCAGAAAUCUGGCCUUGGUUUUUGGGCCUACUCUGGUUCGUACUUCUGAAGAUAACAUGACAGACAUGGUUACACACAUGCCGGACCGAUAUAAGAUAGUAGAGACACUCAUCCAACAUGCUGACUGGUUCUUCAGUGAGGAACAGGAGAAAUCUGAAAAGACCCCUGUUGAUGAGACAACAAGCACUCAGUGUAUACCAAACAUUGAGCAUCUUUUGCCAAAUAUUGGUCGAACAACAGGACCUGGGGAUACCUCAGAUUCUGCCAAUAGUGACUCCACUAAAACAAAGGUCUCUCGAAAGGAGCUGUAUGCUCGUGAAAUCCUGUCCAUUCCCUUUAUCUCAGCUGUCAAUCGCAAGCGCAGGAAGAGGCGAGAUGAGAAACGUUUUGGGAGUAGUACAGAGGAAGAUGAUUCUGAACAGGAAGCAGCUCGAGCGAUACAGGCUGAGCAAGAGAUUGGAGGUGUAGAGGAGCAAGAGGAUGCCGAUAAAUCCCUGGAUCCAACUUGCUCAGAGCCUGCAAGUGGGCAAACACUACUAGUUUUGGACAAGGACACAGAGGAGACAGAUGUUGGGAGUCAGUGGCAUGGCCCUGUAGAGGAGAGGAUUCCUGCAGACACUCGUUCUAUUGUUUCAGGAUAUUCCACACUCUCCACACUGUGUUCUGAGCCUGCUUCCAGUGUUCGUGGUGGAGAUUUGGCAGAUGAUGAGCGAAGUGAGCUAAGUCACAUGGAAACAGACACAGAAUGUGGAACACGCUCACAAGACUCAUUUACUUCUCAAAGGCUUAUCCCAGGUGACACAUUUGCUCGUAGGAGGCCUUGCAGAGGAAAGCUGGAUAUUCCUGAUAACGUGACACCCUGCACUUCUCGUACUUUCCAGCGUUCUAGGCCAGCAGCAGACGAUUUGUGUGUGGCUGCGCUGCGGAAACCUGGCUCCCCAGAGACUCGUCGAAGGAAGAGUGCUUGGCGCCGACAUACAGUGGUGCUUCCUGGUCAAUUAACUGACUGCAAUUUUAAUGACUGGAAGGAGCCAGCACCAGGGGCCACAGCAGCUCAGGAGCCAGUUAUUCAAAUGAGUGGUGGAGCCUGGGCAGAAGGAAGGGAUUCAGGACUAAGUAGCUUGGAAUCACAGAAAGCCAAAACUCCAGCAGUGCAAGAACCUGCAGCUGAAAUGCUCUCAAGCAAUGUUACAAAGUCCCAGAAUUCCCAUUUGCAGCCUGGGCUGCGCCACUAUCUCUGAACUCCCAACAAAACGUUAACAUUUGCCCUCUAUAGGUCCACCUAGAGUACCAAGCUUGUAGUAUCUCACUCUCCAACCUCCCUAUUAUAGAGUCUGACCUCUGCUGGCUCCUCAACAUCUCUGUAUUCCUGCAUUCUGGAGUUUACGAUCCCUCUCAUAUUAAGGGGGUUGCCUGUUGUGCCCCAUUAUUAAGGGAACCUGAUAGAGUCCCUUCACCCAAUGAAGAUGUUCAAGCUAGGAUGUGAAUUUGCUUAAACUUAAUGCUGCACUAUAUGAGAUGGUGUAUCACAUCCCCUGCUCACUAUAUAGGGUAUCUUUGUUGGUGUAAGUGGCAACAGGGUAUUAAACGAUCUACAGCUCAUAUGUUUUUCAUAGGGAUAUCUUGUAAGAUACAUGGACAUUGAUCCACGAGCAGAGGUGCCUUAUUACAUUUAAGUUUACAAGUUUAACCCAUUCACUGCUAGGGCUAAUAUCCCAACAUUUUAUAAAACCAUUGAUUUACAUGAUGCUUUUAUAAAUGCUUACAGCCAACAGAUCAUUUUAAUUUAAUGUUUGUCUGCUUAAUUUUUUUUUUUUAUUAUCAGAUUUGCCAAGUAAUGUAGAUACAGAUUUUGUGCACCAAAUGUAUGCAAAAGGGAACAUGGCAAAGGUAAACCAAGCAAUAUGAAGGAGAACUAUGGUUUUGUGAUCGGUCUCAUCUGAUGAUUAUAGGUUUAACCGUUUGUGGGUUUCACUCUGUGCUUGCUUUCCUAUUGCACACACCUGGUGCCUACUGUAAGUGUUGUGUCUUUACCAUUAGCUCAACUUGAAGCUGAAAUCUUCUUUUUUUAAGAAAAAUAUUACAGAUUUCUUUUAGCAUAAAAAGAGCUUGUGGAAGUUAUGUUCUGAUAUAAUUUCUGGGCAGGAUCCCUUCAGGAUUAGAGUUGUAGAAUUGUUUUGUGCUUUACCCCACCAGUCAGUGUAAUUGUAUAACCAAAAGGUUAGGGAACAGGCACAGUACAAGUCUUAUUUGUAUAACAACGACAUUUGAAAAGGUGACUAUAGAAUGACGCCCUUUUUUCUACAACUUCCAUCCAACAGUGAUCACAAGCCUGAGUCUUUAAUAAAGCAGAGGCGCAUAGACAAUGUGGUAGCCGCCAUGAUAUGACUACUGUGCCUCCUAGGCGAGUGUGCAUCCCUGGAAAAAGACUUCUUUACUUUGGCUAUUCCCUUGCGCAGUGUCUUUUAAGAUCUUUGCUCUGAAUAUGACGCCAUAGAAGAAUUGUGCUGUAUUAGUGGUGGUUACACGAGGAAGCAUAUUGACAAUGUCAUAGUUACCUUGGUCACUUGGUAAACAAAACCCUUUUUUUUCUACCUUCACAUUGUAUAGGUCUGUACACGCACAAAAUGUAACUGCUUGUUAGUUGUUUACUGAGAUAUAUUAAGUGUCAGCUGUUUACAAACAAUGAACACAUAUUUUAUUUAUAUAUA